CUUCCCAUGUCGCAUUCCUAUCUCUCCUCCCCCAGAUCCCGAGUCCCCCCACGCCUCCGAACUGCAACUCAAUCGAACCAUUGCGGUCCAACAUGAGCACCAUUGAAGUUGGGAGGACCACACGCGCAAACGAACAGCCGGACCAGGGGCUCUUCCAGUGCGGGUCUUGCAAGCGCAACUACAAUCGACUGGACCAUCUGGCCCGCCACGUUCGCUCUCAUACCAACUUCAAGCCGCAUCGCUGCUCUGUCUGCGGCAAGUCAUUCUCGCGGACAGACCUGCUCAAGAGGCACGUCGCUGCCCACGAUGUGCGGAACGCAAAAGUUAACAAUUUGAUCCGCGGUGCCGGCGAAGACAUUCCCAGCCGAGUCUCGAAAGCCUGCCGGGCUUGUGCCGCGAACCACGUCCGGUGUUCCGAGGCGAAGCCAUGCCGUCGGUGUGCCGAGAAGGGGCUCGAGUGCGUCUACGCACGAAUCGACGAUUCUGCGACGCCCGAACCCACCGAUGGCUCCCGAGCAAACCAUCUCAUGCUGACUCCGUCGUCCAUGCCAUCCAGCCUCGACGUUCACUUGGCAGCAGAGCAGGUGGCAGAGACCAUGUCCGGAAUGGACACCCGCAGCCGAGUACCAGGGCCACCGCAUGCUUCACCUCCUCUGCCAGGACUUUCACCCAUACAGAGCUCCCUCCCACAAGUGAUCCACACUGAGGCUGCCGGUGCUUCUUCGCCCGCUCCUCUUGCUCAUCAGGCGGCCUUUGACGAUGACUUUCUGGGCGCUCAUCCCGAGCUUCCUACGGGGUGCUGCACCCCAACCUUUGCCCAAUGGAAUUUUCUCCCCGGGCUGUGGUCGGCCGCCGGCGGUGAUAUCGGAGUCAGUCAGCCGUUUCCAGGCAUUGAGUUGGAUGACCUCGAUCUCCGCUUUCUCGACACGUACAACGCCAGCAUUCCGUUCGAACUGGGAGGGCCCGUCACACUACAGCACUCACAGCCAACUACUUCCAUGGGCGGCCCAGCAUCGUCUCAUCCGGCGUCAGGAGCCUCCGAGGCUUUCCGUAACUACCACUGGCGCUUUCGGCCGAAUCCAAAAGAUCAUGGCGCUGCCGAGGAACACAACCUCUCACUCCCUUCGGAUGGCCGCGAUCACCCGUCACCAGCCUCCAACAUCUCGUCAGCCCGACGCGCCACGUCCGUCCGUCUCGCAUCCGCAGCUCGUGAUAACAUCCUGACCAUUGUCGUCAAGUCUUGUCGACCUGACAAUCUUGUCAAAGCAGUCGCCUCCUUCCCGAGCGUCGAGCUGCUUGACACACUGAUCCAAUUCUAUCUUACCUCUCCCCACGCGCGGGCGGACACGUUCAUCCACGCGGCCUCCUUUGACCCCAACGAGAAGAAGCCAGAGCUCUUACUAGCCAUGGCGGCUGCUGGCGCCGUGUUGACUGCGGACCCGACGCUCACCAAGCUGGGGUACGCAAUGCAGGAGUGCGUCCGCAGGGCCAUACCCACGCUCUGGGAAAGCGACAACACGCUCGUCCGGAAUCUUGAGCUCACCCAGGCGUUCCUGAUCAAUCUCGAAACGGGGCUCUGGAGCGGGCUCAGUCGCAAGGUUGAGAUCACCGAGAGCUUUCUGCAGUCCCCGAUGACCAUGAUGCGGCGAGGAGGCAAAUUCCGAAAAUCCAGCUACCCUGCUACCAUCCUCGACGCCAACGACCAGGACACAUCCGACGAGACGGCAUGGCGAACCUGGAUCCAGCAGGAGUCGUUCAAACGGACCGCCUUUCGCCUCGUCCAGCACGACCUCAACUCGUCCAUGUAUCUUAUGGUGAACCCGCUCGUCUCGUAUGCCGAGCUCUCCCUCCCGCUACCCUGCGCGCCCGCACUCUGGACCGCCACCUCCGCCGGGCAGUGGAAGUCCCAUCUGGUACAGCACACCUCCCUCGCCCACCAGCCCCCCUCCGUGUCCGACUAUCUCGACGACCCAACCUUCUUCAAGCCCCACACCGCUACCCUAGACCGAGCUAUCGCAAACGAAGCUUUCCUCGCCUGCGCCUGGUCGCUAGCAUGGGAAUGCAUCCAGCUGACCUCGCUCCAACGCAGUCCCACCGGCGCCAAACCCUCAUCGAGCACACCGCCGCGAAGAUGGAACCCCUUCCUCUUGACCUCCCGCCGCGAGGAACUCCUUAAAUUCCUCAAGCACCUCCGUCUUAGCCUCGCCGCCGACGACACCACCAUCAACACCACCACCACCCCCUCAACCUCUCCCAACAUACCCAACGCCCCCGACUCAGAAGCCCACAGCACAACCGUAACCCGCAUGCGCCUGGAGCUCAUCCUCUUACACUUACACACCCCCUUCGAAGAAGUCCAGACCCUCGCAGGCAUCGAAGGGCCGGACCAGGCUCGCGCCGCGUACCCGGCCGUGCUGGACUGGGCGACGCGCACCGAGCAGGCGCGGAGAGCAAUCUGCCACGCCGGCCAGGUCCUCCGGUUCGCAAGGGCGGUGGGCAGGGGUAUGUUGCUCGGUCCCGGGGCGGUGGGGAUGUAUCAGGCUAGUUUGGUGCUGUGGGUGUAUGCGUUGCUCGCUGGGCAUCACAAGAAAGGCGGAGAAGAUGUUCGGGUUGGGGAUGGUGGUGAUAGGUUGUGGUUGGACGGGGAGGAUGAGAUAGGGAGGCGGCGGUUUACGCAUUUUGAAUUCGGCGUGCCGUUUCUCAAAGGGGGAGGAGGAGGAGGCAGGGCGGGAGAGGAGGGAGGUGGGGAGGAGGUGUCGCUGGGGGAUCCGGAGGGGGUGCUUGGGGUGGUGAUUGGGAUUGUGAGGGGGAACUAUGAGGGCUUGCCCAAGCCGCAUCUGGUGGAGAGGCUGUUGCAGCUUAUGGAGGCGCUGCAGAGGUCGUCGGCCGGCAUGAUGGACUUUCAUGGGCAGCUGGGGAGGCAGUAAGGAGUUGCUGAGCGCGCAAUCCUAUUCUCAAGACAGAUAGUACCACAUACAUCCAGGCGCGUCAAGUACCCAGCUUGGCUUAAGCCUUUUACUGUUCCGUUUACCUCCGCAAGCCGAGGGUGAUAGAUCAUGCCUCGGGUGCUAUCUCCUUUGAACUCGCAG